UUUGCUGAAGAUCCGCAGAAGGGUAAAAGGAGUUUCUGGGAGAAAGAAAGACAGCGUUGAGAUAGUACGCAGGGUCAUCACCAGGCACCAACGAGGAUAAGGGGUCAAGCUCUGGACAUGGAAGUCACGAGCCUGGCACCGGAUUCGGGGCACGGCCAGGAGCCAGGGCGGAGCUCGUCGCUGCCAAGCUCAGAGUCAGCCCAUCCCCCGCCACCCAGAGCACGUCGGCGCUAGGACCUGGCGACUGCCUUCGACCCAGAGGGCGCCGGUCGAGGCACGCAUGCGCGCUGUUCCGGCAGGCGUUGUCGUGGCGCAGGGGGCGGGACCAGAGGCGGUCACGUGAGGGGCUCUGGGCUACCGGGUCACGUGACCGAGGCACCGAUCAGCUGAUGCCGGAGGGUUUGAAGCGGCGCCGCGAGGGAGCGAGGUCGCAGUGACAGCGGCGGGCGAUCGGACCCAGGCUGCCCCGCGGUACCCGCCUGCGUCGUGCGCGCCCGCCCCAGCAUGACAGACCCGGCGGGUCCGCGCGGCUCAGAGACCGAGCGGCUUCUGACCCCCAACCCCGGGUAUGGGACCCAGGUGGGGCCUUCGCCGGCCCCUCCGACACCCCCGGAAGAGGAAGACCUUCGCCGUCGUCUCAAAUACUUUUUCAUGAGUCCCCCAUGCCAACCUCCGCUACCCUCUCCCCAGCUCAUCCUGUUUGGGCUCAGUAAUCAGCUGGCUGUGACAUUCCGGGAAGAGAACACCAUUGCCUUCCGACACCUCUUCCUGCUGGGCUACUCGGACGGGGCGGAUGACACGUUCGCAGCCUACACGCGGGAGCAGCUGUACCAGGCCAUCUUCCAUGCUGUGGACCAGUACCUGGCGUUGCCUGACGUGUCACUGGGCCGGUAUGCGUAUGUCCAUGGCGGGGGUGACCCUUGGACCAAUGGCUCAGGGCUUGCUCUCUGCCAGCGGUACUACCACCGAGGCCAUGUGGACCCGGCCAAUGACACAUUUGACAUUGAUCCAAUGGUGGUUACUGACUGCAUCCAGGUGGAUCCCCCCGAGCGGCCCCCUCCGUCCCCCAGUGACGAUCUCGCCCUCUUGGAAGGCAGCUCCAGUUACAAGAACCUCACGCUCAAAUUCCACAAGCUGGUCAAUGUCACCAUCCACUUCCGACUGAAGACCAUUAACCUCCAGAGCCUCAUCAAUAAUGAGAUCCCGGACUGCUAUACCUUCAGCGUCCUGAUCACGUUUGACAACAAAGCACACAGUGGGCGGAUCCCCAUCAGCCUGGAGACCCAGGCCCACAUCCAGGAGUGUAAGCACCCCAGUGUCUUCCGGCACGGAGACAACAGCUUCCGGCUCCUGUUCGACGUGGUGGUCAUCCUCACUUGCUCCCUGUCCUUCCUCCUCUGCGCCCGCUCGCUCCUUCGAGGCUUCCUGCUGCAGAACGAGUUUGUGGGGUUCAUGUGGCGGCAGCGGAGACGGGUCAUCAGCCUGUGGGAGCGGCUGGAAUUUGUCAAUGGCUGGUACAUCCUGCUGGUCACCAGCGAUGUGCUCACCAUCUCGGGCACCAUCAUGAAGAUUGGCAUCGAGGCCAAGAACUUGGCGAGCUACGACGUCUGCAGCAUCCUCCUGGGCACCUCGACGCUGCUGGUGUGGGUGGGCGUGAUCCGCUACCUGACCUUCUUCCAUAACUACAACAUCCUCAUCGCCACACUGCGGGUGGCCUUGCCCAGCGUCAUGCGCUUCUGCUGCUGCGUCGCCGUCAUCUACCUGGGCUACUGCUUCUGUGGCUGGAUCGUGCUGGGACCCUAUCAUGUGAAGUUCCGCUCGCUCUCCAUGGUGUCCGAGUGCCUGUUCUCACUCAUCAACGGGGACGACAUGUUCGUGACGUUCGCCGCCAUGCAGGCUCAGCAGGGCCGCAGCAGCCUGGUGUGGCUCUUCUCCCAGCUCUACCUGUACUCCUUCAUCAGCCUCUUCAUCUACAUGGUGCUCAGCCUCUUCAUCGCGCUCAUCACCGGUGCCUACGACACCAUCAAGCAUCCUGGCGGCGCAGGCGCAGAGGAGAGCGAGCUGCAGGCCUACAUCGCACAGUGCCAGGACAGCCCCACCUCUGGCAAGUUCCGCCGCGGGAGCGGCUCAGCCUGCAGCCUUCUCUGCUGCUGCGGAAGGGACCCCUCGGAGGAGCAUUCGCUGCUGGUGAAUUGAUUCGACCUGACUGCCAUUGGACCAUAGGCCUUGGACUGCGGAGACCCCCGCCCCCCACCCCGCUUAUUUAUUUUUAGGGUUUGCUUUUAAGGAUCGGCUCCCUGUCGCGCCCGAGGAGGGCCUGGACCUUUCGUGUCGGACCUUUGGGGGCGGGGAGACAGGGUGGGGAGGGUGUUGAAUAAAAGGGAAAAUAAAUGUGUCGUUCUCAUUUUUA